AUCAAACUAGCGAUUUAGUGUAAGAUAGUUUCUUCGCCGAGGAAUUCAAUGGGAUCGAAAUCUCAUAAGUUCAGUGAUCAACGAUCGAUUUGUUGCGGCCAGUGAUCGCUGAUCCUUCGAGUGAUCAUCUGAGUGAGCUUUGCAUCCACGUGACUUCGCCGGCUAGAAUUCCGACGAUGAAAGGCAGACAGACGAGAGAAUCGUUUCUAAGGCUCUUAAUUCUGAUCCUGACGACAGUGGAUCAGACGAUGGUGGUCCUGACGGCUCACCACGGCAGUCAUCAUCACCAGGUCUCGAGGAAGAUCCACUUGCCGCGCGCGAUGGAGGCCACCAAGAAGUUCCUCUGCAAGGACCCCCAAUCGCGGGCCUACAAUCUGAGAGAUCUGGUACACAGUAUGCAAUCUAGCGAGAGCGUGAGUCAACCAGUGUACAUCGUAGUGAAAAAAUGCGACAGCCACUCCGGCUGCUGUGUCAGCCCCGACCUCAGUUGCGCGCCGGUGCAGUCGUCGAUCUAUCACGAAGACAUGGAGGUCGAGGUCUGGAGCUUGCGGACGAACAGCACAAGGCGGGCGUGGAUCAGGAUCGAGCAGCACGGCAAGUGCAGCUGCGAGAUCAGCAGUGCUAGCGAAAGGCAUAGGGAAGAUACUCGAUCACCUAAUAUACAGAUUCUUUGAGCCUUAAAUUCUAUAGAUUCAGCGUAAAGGCAAAACUGACUGCAAGUGAAUCGAUAGGCAACUGACUGAUAAUCUUGCAUUUUGAUGCAAUGGACAAUGCUGAAAAAAAGAAUAACAUAAAUUAAAGUCGAUUAAUCAAGACUGGGACAAAUUUUUUUUAAGAUUUGUACUUGUGCCUUAAUUUAUUACUUAGGAUUGAGUAAAGUAAAUAGGACAGAGACUAAAAUGUAAUAUUAGUAGAUUUGACUGAUUUGAUGACUCACACUUUUUAAUACAGUGUGUUAUGAGAAAAACUGAUACAAAGUGUUGAUAAAUGUUAAUUGAGAUUAAAGACAGAUUGAAUUAGGAUGAAGGAUUAGGAUUUUUUAACAUUUCAGCUAUUUGCCCUAUCAACUUCAUUUAUGGCUGUAUGACAACGAUGGCGACAAGACAAGAAGUGAAAAUAAAAUAAAAUUAGUUAUACAGACUUUUAUAUUUAAUGACCAAGAGCAUUAGCUUAAUUAAUAAGCCUAAUUAAGAAAUUAAAAACUGAGAAAACGUGAUUAGUGAAAACACGAAGAAAGAUGUUCAACAAAUGUUCAUGAUUGUGAUUGUGAAGAAUAUUAUAUCAUAAAGAAUUCUUCGAAAGGAAGCGAACCCCUCAGUAGGCAAAUUUAAAGAUUCAACGAUCUGAAAAGAAAGUUCCGGUUGCGGUUCUUCGAAAAAAGCUUUAGUCAUAAAAAUAUAAAUAUAUCAUAGACGUCUAUCUUUAUUAAAGAUAUUUAUCUUGUAAUGUAAUAAUUUUCAAUUUCAUAUUUAAUAGAUACUCUUUUCGAUGCCAUACUUAAUAGACUUUAAAUUGUGCCAACAAUUAUUUUUUACGCGAUUUAUGAUAGAAUAAAUGUAAAAAUCAUAAUAUAAAAACAAUUGCAAAAAAUCUGUGUUAACAUCUCUACGUGACGCACGUUAUAUUUCUUCUUUUAUACUCCGAAAAGAAGUUCUAUUACAAGUGAUUGCAUAUAAAGCGAAGUUUAGCUGUAAUAUUUCAGAGUUGGGAACAUUUUAUAAAAGUAAUGCGUUACUGUUUUUAGAAAAAAGUAACCGUAACGAUAAGUAACGUGUUAUUUCCCAACGUAAUGAUUACAUUUGCCUCACAGAAUGUGAUCGUGAAUAUUUUAAAGAUUUUAGAAACGUUUAGGAAUAUGUUCAACUGGCAUUGUGAUAUGAUUAUAUCAAUUUGUUGUAGUUAAAUACGAGAGAAGAUGUAUCCAAAGGAACGUGUAUGUAAAACGACACCACUCCGUUCAUGCAUUCGGAUUCGCGUUAUUCUCCAACGUGAUCUUUAUAGGAUAAUACUAACAUCACGAAAAUAACAGUCACGUUAAAUAUAACUUUGCUAUACAUUUGCUAUACGAUACUGUUUGCGUGCGGAGUUUACAUUAGUUAAACAAAAUCCAGACGCGGUGAGAAUAACUGCGUUUGUAUGUAAAUUGCUCUAUACAACAAGCGCGUGUCACAAAAAUUACAGGCGAGUAAAAGAAUAAAAGAAUUUCUUAUGUCGCAUCACAAACAAUUUUUUGACAACUUCUAUAGGUGUAAAUAGGCAAUGGAUCUUUUUAUGUCGAGUCGAUGUAUGUAUUAAAAUGAGUGAAGUGAUCGCGACUGUCACAACCAAUGUGGCAAGAAACACUUUUUUUUUACAAUUUAGCUCAUAACAGUAUUUUGAUAAGUUUUAAGUUUAAACGCGAUUCUAAAAAUCUAAUAGUUUAUUUGUAUUAUAAUUAAUUUGUUGAUGUUUUCUUAUUAUUUUUUACAUUGCGACGUAACAAAAGAAUUUAAUAGUAUUCCUGUAGCAUCUAAUUAGCAUCUAAUGACUCGAUUAUUUAAUUUUUGUAUUAAUUAAUUUAUAUAUCAAUUAGUUUAUAAAAAGCGAAACAAUGAGAAUAUUUAUAUAUAAAUAAAAUGCAGCUUUGGCUACUUUUAUACUAA